AUGUUUUUUAAAUAUGAAAUUAGUGGAUAUGAUUAUAUAUACUAAAAAUAUUAAUAAGGUUUUAAUUAAAAUUAACACGUUUCAAGAAUGAUUAGAAAAGAAUUACAAUUAUUGAUAGCUGUUGGAGGAAUUUACUUCUGCUAUUUCAAAGUUGGUCUUAUAUAGGAGGAUUUGUAAAUUAUGUAAUUAUUUGCAAGAUUCAAGAGUAAUUUUGGUACUAUGGAUUUUCCAUCUCCGAAAUUUGAGUUUUCAUCUGUGUUAAUAUUUUUGUAAAUGCUUAUAUACAAUUUAUUGUGUAUGACAAUGAUUUUCAGAAAUAAAAUCAAAUUUGUAUGCACAAUUAAAGAAGGAGCAUAUUUAGGAUUAUUAAACUUUUCAUCAAUGAUUGGUGCAUUAACUGCAUUAUAGUAUGUAAGUUUUCCACUUUAAGCUUUGGUGAAAAGUUGCAAGUAUUUAUUUAUGAUAAUUAUAAUUGAAUUUUGUCUGUGUUAGUAGUAGGAUUGGUGUUAGGAAAUCAAAAAUUCACAAAGUAGCAAAUACUUUGUGGUUUGAU